AUGACCGGCGUGUAUGUUUUAGGUGACCCCAAAGCCAAAUUCGAGUGCCGCUUCUGUCGCAAGACGUACAAACACUACGCCAGCCUCUGGCGCCACAUAAAACACGAGUGCGGCAAAGAACCCCAGUUCGAGUGUACGUUGUGCGGGAAAAAGUUCACCCAAAAGUCGUCCCUCACCUCGCACAUCGGGCUAAAACACGCCGCCAUUUGGAAGUUUAAAUGCUCGGAUUGCGACAAGUCGUACAAAAACAAAGCCUCUCUAAGCCGACACGUCAGGUACGAGUGUGGCCCCGAACACAAAUUCAAAUGUAUUUACUGUUACAAAGCGAUGAAGCAAAAGUACGACCUGAAAAAACACGUGAGGAGGCGCCACCCCGAACGGGCGCUCGAGUUCGAGUCGAUUUAUAAAGAUUUAUAUAAAACUGUGUUUUAUGUUUAG